AUGGAUGGGGAAGGAGGAUCGUCCGGGCUGGUCAAAUCAGCCGCCGUAAAACUGUCCGAGAUGGGCCAAAGAACCAAGCAGUUAGGAACCGCGAUGAAGGAUCCUCACCAGCAAAGACGGAUCAUAUUAGUGAUUGUUUGCGUGGCUCUCCUGCUGGACAAUAUGCUCUACAUGGUAAUCGUGCCAAUUAUUCCAGACUAUCUUGCCGAGCUGGAAAGUGAGCAGUCAGAGCACGUCCAUUUAGUGAUGCACCCCAACUCUUCAGCCAACAGCACAAGCCAAGACAAAAGCAUCAGGGACAAUUUAGAUGUCCAGAUAGGAGUACUUUUUGCAUCUAAAGCCAUCCUGCAGCUGUUAGUUAACCCGCUGUCGGGAACUUUCAUAGACCGGGUUGGAUAUGACAUUCCACUUUUAAUAGGACUGACUGUUAUGUUCGUGUCCACCUGCAUAUUUGCUUUUGCGGAGAACUACGCCACGCUCUUCGUGGCUAGAAGUUUGCAGGGUCUGGGGUCUGCUUUCGCGGACACCUCUGGAAUCGCGAUGAUAGCUGACAAAUACACGGAGGAGUCAGAGAGAAGCACGGCGCUGGGCAUCGCUCUGGCGUUUAUCUCUUUCGGGAGUCUGGUGGCGCCUCCUUUCGGGGGCAUCUUGUACGAGUUUGCGGGCAAGAAAGUGCCCUUCAUCGUGCUCGCCUGCAUUUGCCUGGCGGACGGCUUUCUGCUGCUGACAGUGAUCAAGCCGUUCUCCAACAGGACUAGAGAGAACAUGCCAGUCGGCACCCCCAUAUACAGACUCAUGAUUGACCCGUACAUAGCUGUGGUGGCCGGGGCGCUGACAGUGUGCAACAUCCCCCUGGCCUUUCUAGAGCCCACCAUAGCCAACUGGAUGGAGACCACCAUGCACUCCACUCAGUGGGAGAUGGGACUCACCUGGCUCCCAGCCUUCUUCCCUCAUGUCCUCGGUGUGUACAUAACAGUUAAAUUGGCAGCAAAGCAUCCGAAUUUACAGUGGUUCUACGGAGCUUUAGGUAUGGUUAUCAUAGGAGCGAGCUCCUGCACAGUCCCUGCAUGCAAAACUUUUGGGCAGCUCAUCGCCCCAUUAUGCGGCAUUUGUUUUGGCAUUGCACUGGUAGACACUGCCCUCCUGCCGACACUUGCGUUUUUAGUUGAUGUGCGUCAUGCUUCAGUGUAUGGUAGUGUUUAUGCUAUAGCAGAUAUUUCCUAUUCUGUCGCAUAUGCUAUGGGUCCUAUAGUAGCCGGCCAGAUAGUGCACACUCAUGGGUUUGUACAACUUAAUCUGGGUAUGGGCCUUGUCAAUGUGCUUUACGCACCAGCCCUACUGCUACUGCGCAACGUGUGCCAAAUGAAACCGUCCUACUCAGAGAGAGAUAACCUGUUAGAGGAGGCUCCGCAGGGGCUGUACGAUACUAUCAAGAUGGAGGAGAGGAGAGCUAAAAAGAAGGGCUACAGUUCGGCAGGGAAUUGCUUGUCGGUAGAUGAAAAUGGGUUUGAACCCUUCGGAGCACAGCGGUCCUUGUCAGAAGAGUCGUCCGGUCCUGAAUACACUUAGACCGGCCACAAUCUGACCGCCCCCCAAAACAUUCCCCUUGGAGAGAUGAGACAGGCAGGUUAUAGUCUAGUAAUUUAAACUUUUAUGUAAGUACCGACGUGCAAUAUAAACACCCAAUCAUCAAACUCAAGAUCGCGUGAUUCGU